UGAUUAUAUUGAUAAUUUAGAAACAUGUCAACAAAUAAUGAUAUUAAUUCUUUGAAGGAUGAAAACGAAAAGAAUAAACUCAAAGUGCAUUGUACGUUUUGUCCGUCAGAGAUGCUCAAUAUUGGUGCGGCUCGACUAGUAAAUAUUCAGUUUAAUUUACCCUAUGUACACUGUAAGGGAGAGGACGAAGGUGAUCAACAAGAAUCGAUAACAGAUUAUUGGCUGGUGGACGACAUAUACACGUUUGAAAAUAUUGGUGUAUCUCAUACGGUGGACAAUGUAAAAUACCUGGCAUGCGCGGACUGCGAAAGAGGUCCUGUCGGAUGGCACGAUCUCUCAACAAAGAAGUCUUAUAUCGCGUUAAGUAGAGUUAAACACGAAUGAUUUAUAAAUAAAGUUAUUUUUUAAUUUUAUGGAAAUCAUGACUCGAUUCAUUUAAUCUAAGUUGUUAGAUUAAACAGAAGCAGACAGAAGCAGAGAAUCUGAAGAAGCUUGGAGGAAGAACGCACGUUGCUGUUUAAGUUGAUAAUUUAAUAUUUAAUCACGUACGUUACAAACACAGCCGAUAAAUCAGAUAAUCAAUCGUCGUUACGAUAUAAUAAUUAAUAAAUUACGCUUACGAUUAGAAAUGGUUUAUCAAUGUACUUAAUACGUAUACAUUCCUGUGAAUCAAUUUUAUCAUAAUGUAUUUGAUGUUUUUAUCGCGACUAUUUGGUCGCAAAAAUGUUUAUGCGCUGUGCAUAUCGGCAUAAUUAUUUUAUGUGACGUGUUGAACGCGUGAAUAAUAUCUAAGUGUACAUACUUAUAGGUGUAUUUGUACAUGGAUAUAAAUCAAUGCCUUUCUUUUAAAAAAAUGAUAUCGAUAUUUGAAUUUCGCAUCUUCGAUGUAUUUGAGAAAAUGUAAAUAAGAAACAAUGUCAUUAAAGUCUCGUCGAAUUAA